AUGCACCGAGGGCGGUUGCUGAUUGUUGCGCUGUGUUUUGCCACCUGCCUCGAGGCCGCGAAUUUAACCUGUUCUCCGAACAAAAUCUGGCUCGAUGUGGAGAUCCUCUUCGACAGCUCGAGCGCCACGAAUGCGACCGGCUAUUUUUCGAUGAUCAGCCAAGUGAAAUCGGCCUUCCAGGGCGUCACCCUUGGCCAAGGGUUACGAUACCAAAGCCGAAUCGGCGUCAUCGCCUACGCGGCCGCACCACGAAAUGUCGCAAAUCUGAAAGAUUUCAAGUCGUACGCCGAUUUUAACAACCUCGCCAUACCGUAUCUGCCGAGCGAGGUAUCUGAUUUGACGAGUGCGAUUGACCUGGCGCGCCAAAAACUCUAUGAUGUCCAGGUGACAAAUCGGCAGGAAGUGAUUCUGAUCGCUUCGGAGGGAUAUCGACAAGGCAAUUUCGCGAGCCCGAAUGCUUCCGUGGAAACGUUCAAGCUUAGUGGAGGGAUUGUGGUGGUCCUAAGCUUUGAAGACGGCCCAAAAGUUUCAAAGCUGCAGGAUCUGGCCAGUCCGGGCUAUUUUCUGGAUGCGAGCAAGGGGCUGGACGGGCAGAAAUUGGUCGGAUUACUGUGUCAGGCAAACUACUUCUGCCCCUGUAUCGGUGAUUGCAGCGACCCGGGCGAGCACUUUUUGCCCGGCAGUAAUGAUAUUGCGACCGGUUGCUUUUGGUAUGGAACCGGCACCAGCACGCAACUUUCGGCAAGAGAAGCGUGCCCAAAGCUGGAGCUACAGUCGACGUUGGCGCAAACGAAGGAUAUUUCCGAAGCACUCGCCGCGCUCAAUCCAUACCGUAGCGGUGAGGGGCGUACGCUGGGCGUGUGGGUUGGCCUGACAAAUAAUGGGAGUGCGGCGGUACCGGAUUGGCGAUGGUUGGAUGGGACUCGAGUGGAUCCCGGCAUCGCGGCCCAAUUGAAGCCGGCGAGCGACGCGGAAAAGUGUGCGUAUCUGAAGUCGAACGGCGGCUUCUUGUACGAAUACGAUGCGUCGACGUGCCUCGUUGGCCGUUAUUUUGCGUGCAGAACCGAGGCGUGUACGAGCGACUCCUAUUGUGCGCCGACGACGCCGAGUUUUGCGCAGCAGACCUUCCGA